ACUUCACAGUGCGGGUGUUGAUUUUAUAGUCCUGCAAAAAUUAACAUUUGCAGUCAUGGGCUGUGAAGAUGAUGUUUUUAAAAUUGGCAAAAAGCUUGAAAAAAUGAUAGCCAACAAUGUUUCUGAUCACGCAACCUCACUGGAUCUUCUGAAAGCAUUGAGAGACUUGCCAAUGACUCUGGAAGUGCUCCAGAAAACUCGAAUUGGCAUGGCUGUAAAUAACCUUAGGAAAGCCAGCAGUAACGACGAGGUUAUAUCUCUUGCUAAAAAUCUCAUUAAGCUCUGGAAGAAAUUGUUACCUGGAGAAACCACUCAGGGUUCAGGGAAGAACAGCAGUUCUAACAAGAUGGACGAAUCCUCCCAAGAUGGCUUUGAUGGCUCCCAAGAUGCUCAGAGUAAAGAUGGUGAAUCACAAAAGUCAUCUGAGUCGGCCUCCGCCUCUGACACACGCGACCCAGUGAGAAUCAAGUGCCGAGAGCUCAUUACCAAUGCUCUUACGAUAGCGGAUCCACCACAAGGCUGUUUCUUGGAACCCAAAGCCUUGGGAACUGCAGUUGAAGAUUAUAUAUUUAAACUAUUUCGUAACACAGACUCGAAGUACAAGACACGGAUUCGAAGUCGAAUAGCCAACCUGCGAGAUCCAAAAAAUCCCAGAUUAAGGGAAAACUUCUUAUUAGGCAUGAUCACACCGGACAGGCUUGCAUCAAUGACCGCAGAGGAAAUGGCGAGUGAUGAAAUGAAGGAGCUACGAGCUAAGUUCACGAAAGAAGCCAUUGACGAUCACCAGAUGGCUAAAACUGGGGGCACUCAAACCGAUCUUCUCAAAUGUGGCAAAUGCCGCAAAACCAACUGUACUUACAACCAGGUCCAAACAAGAAGUGCUGAUGAACCUAUGACAACGUUUGUGUACUGUAACGAGUGUGGCAAUAGAUGGAAGUUCUGCUAACAUAGUGCCAUGGAACUAGCUGUACAUUUGUAUAUCUGUGAGACCAUUGCAGGGGUACUCUGUGAACAGCAAAUGUACGUGUACCUCAGCUGUUAAAAGAUCUAUAGCAUGUGUUGCUGUUAGAUAUUUAACCAAGGACGGUUGACAGUAUAUGUACUUGAGCAGUGAAGGGAUCCAGUGCAUGUAUUGCUGUUUAAAUAUUUAACCAAGGAUGGUUGACAGCUCAUGGUGGACAAAUCUUGUCUGAAUAAAAUGGGACAUGAUCUUAAUUUUACCAUCUGUCAGUUUCAUACAGAAAUAACUUUGAAAACAUGUUGAGAUCUUGUAUGUUUCCACUCUCUCCAAACCACAUGAUUUGCUUCUUAUAAGUCAUGUGAUAUAUUAAGGUCUUUAGACUGAAUAGUCUUAAAUUACUGUAAGAAUAAAAAUAUGCAAUUGUUUUAACACACAUUUAUCUAAAUAUGAAUCGUAUCUUUACUUCAUUGAUUAUGUUUAAUUCCCUUAUAAUAUUGCAGGAAUAUUAUGCAUAAUUAAAAAUUUAAAGGCAGAAAAAGUGUAUACCAUAUUCAAAUUGAAGCCAGUCUGCUUUGUGAAGUUUAUUUUAUACCGAAAAAAAAAUUUGAUUUAAAAAUACAUUUCUGCACAUAUUUAACAUGUUGAUGACCCUACAGAACAGAAGCCAACACAUUGCUAGAGCAAAGGUUACAGGCAGCAUCUCCAUGAGUUCCUUCUUUUUAUGUUAGUAAAUAAAAAUGUGCUAUUAGGCUGUACAAAAAUGAUCAAAAGUAAAUGUCAAAAUCGUGAAUAUUUACAUUUGUGUAUUAGACUAUACUUGCUUAUGGUCUGAGACAGGUUGUUCAUUGUUUCAAUACAGAACAAUGCUUAUUCAAACUAAGUGGCUAUAUUAAGCACAUUCCUAAUCAACAUAAUUAAUCUGUAAUGUUGACCUAACGUUUGGCUGUAAAACUUGGGCGGUGUGAAACUUAUAGCCAUAUAAAUUUGCUGGUUUUGAUCUUGUUUCAACAUGGCUGAAAUUAUAGAAAUUGCUGCAUGUUUUCAGUUUUUUACAACCAAAGAAGAAUUGUUAUGUUAUUAGUAGUGACAUGUCUAAGGACAUGAAGACAGUAGUGCUCAUAGGAGUUUUAUAGACAGUCUUGAUAAUAGACCGGAUACAAGAGCUUCAUGUCUUGGCCCACAUAAUGUUUGAUAUUAUAACGACUGUUAUACUGGAUGUGACAUAGACAUUAUUAAGUUUGUGUAAAGAUGCAGUAUGCAGAAUUUUGUUUUUGUUGUGUUGAAUUUUACACAAACAUUUUGGAUGUUUUUGUCUCUGAAUUCACUGGUUACUGUAAAUAAUAUAAACAGGGGCAUCAUGCAGUCUGCAUGUGGUUCAAAUGGUCAGUUGCCAGUUUGAAAACAUGUGUUGACUGUAUUUAAAUAUUUAACUGCUUUGUUAACACUUGUGUCAACAUUUCUGUAAUAAAUACUUUUACAUUGUUAAAGAUUGUUUACAAAGUGUGUGAAAUGGCAUUUGUGUUAAUUAGCUAAACUGAUAUGUUUUUUUUCUGAUCUGAAGUAAUGUUAUGAAGGCUACAAGACCAAAUAAACUAUUAAAAUGGUUGAAGCAUUUUUGCUUAUGUGAUCAUGGAGCAUUUGUGUCACUGUUUAACAACCACAAGUCUGAAUAUAUUGGUAUAAAUCAUUUUUAUAAAGGUAGCUAACUGGUAGGCAUGUAGGCACAAUUCUUCAGUAUUAAACAUUCUUUAAUACAGAAAUAGGUUAUUGAUGACAGAAAAGUUUGAAUCCUGGCUACUGAUGUGCAUGGCAUUAAACAGCCAGCUGUCUCUCCCUUUCAAUUGUAAAUUGUAAAUAUUCAUGUUUAGAUAUCAACAAUUAAUCUCAUCCUGUGCAUUGUGUAUUGUCAUUUGGAUUAAAUUUAAUAUUGUU